AUGAAUUCACUCUGUGAGGCCGUCCAUCAGUUCCGCGUCGAACCACCGGCCGGAUGGGCGUCAAUUGGGACCACGUUCGUUGCUGCUGUUGGGGGUCUGUUCCUCGCCUCGAAGGUGUUCAGCGUCGUUCGAGCUCUCUUCAGCAUCUUCCUUCUUCCAGGAAUACCGUUGCGCUCCUUCGGUCCCAAGGGAAGCUGGGCCCUCGUCACUGGCGCAUCUGAUGGAAUUGGAAAGGAAUACGCUCACCAGCUCGCACGCGCCGGUUUUAAUAUCUUCCUCGUCUCGCGAUCGGCUGACAAGCUCGCUGCCGUGGCUGGAGAUAUCUGUGAGAAGAAUGCUACUGUUCAAACCAAGACCUUUGCCAUGGACUUCUCUCAUAACGACGAUGACGAUUAUGAGAAGUUAAAGAAGAUGGUCAAGGGACUAGAUAUCUCCGUUCUCAUCAACAACGUCGGACUCAGCCAUGCCAUUCCUGUCCCAUUCGUCCUUACCGAUGCGGAAGAAAUGGAGGAUAUCAUCACCAUCAACUGUCUCGGUACUCUUCGUGUUACCCAGAUCGUGGCACCCGGCAUGAUGGAGCGAAAGCGUGGAUUGAUUCUGACCAUGGGAUCGUUCGGUGGCCUUUUCCCCACCCCUCUCCUAGCGACAUACUCUGGAAGCAAGGCGUUCUUGCAGCAAUGGUCGAGUGCGUUGGGAUCUGAAUUGGAACCCUAUGGAAUUACUGUUCAACUCACGCAAAGCUAUCUCGUCACCUCCGCUAUGUCUAAGAUCAGGAAGUCCAGCAUGACCAUCCCAAAUCCAAGAGACUUCGUCCGCGCUACUCUCAGCCAUAUUGGACGCAGCGGCGGGAUGUUCUCUUAUGCCUACACCUCCGCGCCAUACUGGAGUCACGGUUUGAUGGCAUGGAGCAUAGUCACCUUCCUUGGGCCGUUGAGUAAGAUUGUGAUAGGAUUCAACAAGACAAUGCAUGAGUCCAUUCGCAAGCGUGCCCUUCGAAAGAUGGAGAGGGAAGCCGGGAAGAAAGCGUUGUGA